UCAUGCCUGAGACUAUGGAGAUCAGUGAUGCUGCCAAGUCUGGUGAUGGCACCACGCAGAAUGUCGGCAUCAAGGUGAAUGCAACCUUCCAGUGUGCCGAGUGCCGUCAGAAGUUCGAUUCCGAGAAGGCGAAGCAGUUGCACUGGAAGUUCAUUCAUGACCCCAACCGACACCAGGAAGACUGAGUGAGGGCAGGCUCUUUUAAGAGGAGUUGGGAGCCCUUUUUUGCAUCGUGUUGCUUUGCUUGGAGGGCCAGGAUGGUUUGCCGGGGCUGCUUUUAGCAUCCCCUUGGCAAGUUUUCAGCAAAUAGACCUUAUUGGUAUCUCUACCAUUCUCUACCCAUCCGUUCUGUGUGAGCUAGCCAGCUUGUCAGACAUAGCGCUACGGGCAGACUGCACACACUGAACCAUGCGCCGUAAAAUAGCUUUGCAGAAGGCAAGGUGGCAAGCAUUGGUCGGA